ACAAUAAUGUUUUCGGUUUAUAUUGAUAACAUGUAAUAUACAACUUUCAUAAUAUUAUUAAAAAUUUCACUUUUGUACCAAUUUUAUAUUAAAAGGAAAACAGAAAGAUGUCAACAAUUUGGGGAAGUGAAAAUGUUGUUGCAGAUCAUCGUGAUUUGCAGGCUAAUACCAUGGCUGUAGAUUGUUCAGGACAAUUUGUCAUCUUGGCUGGUCGCCGUUACAUGGGUAUCAUUCACUUAGAUCAACCUUCAGAAGUAGUCUACAAAACCAAUCGUUAUAGCAAAUGGGAUGUUACAACAGCAGAAUGGAGUCCUCACCAGAGUCAAAACUUUGCUCUUGCAUGCAACCAAAGAGCCGAGCUUUACUCAUGGGACAAUGGAGAAGUGAAACAAACUGCUUCACUUAAAGCUCAUACACGGUCCAUAAGUGAUCUAAAUUGGUCAACUUUUGAAAGCCAUCUAUUAGCAACUGCUUCCAUAGACACAUAUAUAUAUCUUUGGGAUACGAGGGAUACUCGGAAACCAUAUAUCUCCUUGUCUGCUGUUGCUGGAGCUUCUCAAGUGAAAUUCAACAAACUGCAGUCCCAUUUAUUAGCUACAUCUCAUGAAGGGGAUAUUAGACUAUGGGAUAUCAGAAAAGGAACCAGCCCUGUCCAAUAUAUUACUGCUCAUCUGAAUAAAAUCCAUAAUAUAGAUUGGUGCCCAUAUGAUGAAAAUGUAUUAGCAACUUCUAGUCAAGACUGUACUGUUAAAUUCUGGGAUGUGACUAUUCCUUUAAAACUUGAGGAGAAUUUGCAAGUUCCUUGUCCAGUUUGGAGAGCACAGUAUACACCAUUUGGAUAUGGGUUGGUAACUGUAGUUGUGCCUCCUCUGAGAAGGGGUGACAAUAACCUGUUGUUGUGGAAUAUGAAAAACUGGGCAACACCUGUCCAUACUUUCUUUGGCCAUUCAGAUGUUGUUGUUGAAUUUGGUUGGCGAAAACCAUCUGAAGAUUCAAGCGAUUACCAACUAGUUACAUUUGCUAAAGAUAAUUAUUUGAGAACAUGGCUGGUGGAUAGUCAAUUACAAAAGGCUUGUGGGCAUGUUUUUCCUGACGAUGAACAUAUUUUGGAUUCUUUAUUGGAUUCUCAAGAUAUUACUAGUCAAGCCUCUGCAACAAGCAUUAGAGAUACGGAAGCCCCAGUUCCUAGUUCUCCUCCAGAACGUAGCUCAAAAUUAAAGGACAAAAAUGGGGAGACAAGACCUGUUCCUUCUACUCCUGUGCAGCCUCAAAAUUUGCAGCAAGAAUUUUCAUUAAUAAAUCGAAAUAUACCCAAUGUUACCAUUACUGAGAUGGAUGCUACUAAAAGAUCGUGUACUGUUACAGUUAACAAUGGAAAAUAUAUUGUUGUAUUAAAGUUGCUAUUUCCAGCAACUUAUCCAAAUAAUAAUCCACCAUCUUUUCAAUUCUGUAAAGGAACUAAUAUUGAUGAUGAAAUGAAAAGUAAAAUUUUAAAAGUACUUAAAAUGGUUUCUCAUCAACAAGUUAGAAGGAACAGAUCUUGCUUAGAGCCAUGUCUUCGCCAAGUUGUUAGCACAUUAGAUUCUAUAACUACAGAAGAUAAAAGCCAACCUUUAAUACCAGAAAGUCCUAUUCAUAUUGACCCAUCCAAGCAAGUUUUUAACCCUCUUUCACAUUAUGGUUUUCAAGAUGUCAGUGUACCUUUUCCAAGAACUUCUGGUGCCAGAUUUUGUGGAGCAGAUUUACUUGUAGUAUUCACAAGGCCAUCCCAUCUCCAUAGAAUCAAUGCACCUACAGAUGAUACUCCACGAUCUUUGUCUGCCCUCUCAGCAUAUCUUGCUUCCCAUGUUGUUUUACCGUUGAAAGGUCGAACUGCUUCUUCAUCUCCAGCCCAGUAUAAUCUCAUUUAUCCUCUAUUGGCUCAAAGUCCUAGUGGUGAUGCUUCAGUGUCCAUUUCAUCAUUUUAUCAUCAAGACAGAAAACAACGCAAACGUAGAAGUCUUCAAGAUCGACGAUCUUCUGGCUCCAAACAAUUGAGUAAUUCUGGAACAGUUUUAAUUUACAGCAUUUCUAAACUGAUGCCAGUUAAUUACACUCUAGCGCAGAAUUAUGUGUUUGGAUCUGAUGACAUUGUUGCUACAUGUUCUAAAAAUGCUGCAAUAGCUGCUAAGGAAGGCUGUAGAGAUUUAGUGCAGGUUUGGUCACUAGCAAGUCUCAUUUGCAAUCCAUCUUCUAUGUUCAGCAAUGAUCUCGAAAAUGCUGCAUUGUGGGCCAGUCAUCCUUUUGGAAGAAAAACACUUCAAUCAUUGAUAUUUCAUUAUGGUAAUCAUUAUGAUGUUCAAACUGCAACAAUGUUAGCUUGCUGUUUUCAUGUGAAACCUCCUGAAAACAAAAUAAAAAAAGUUGUGGAUAUUGGUUCUAGUGGAAAUGUUAGUCAAAUAUCUGGGAAGUGGUGGCUAAAGCCCGGUGGGUCACCUUAUCACACUGUUGUACCUGCCAACAAUACAUUUGAAGGUUGGAGCAUAGUUGGUGCUUUAAAAAGAAAUAGAUCCAAUAGUUGGUCUGACUCUGUUGAAGAAUUUAGUUUCUUCGAUGAUCAUACAAACCGAAAUGGAGGCAGUGAUUCAACUGAAGAAAAAGAUGCUCUUGAAGCUAGUUCCAAACUUUUGGAUCCAGCUCAUUCUGCUCAAUUUGACCAGUAUAAAAUGGUUUAUGCUGAUGUCCUAUAUCGAUGGGGCCUUUUAGAACAAAGAGCUCAGGUUUUGAAAACUGUCUCAACUCCAGCUGAAAAACAUAAAGGUGUUGAUUUUAUCAAUGAAUGUCAUUAUUGUCAUAAAGAUGUGACUGGAGCUCAGUGCCAGUUUUGUAAGAAAUACAGUUUUUCGUGUGUUAUUUGUUGUGUUGCUGUGAAAGGUUGUUCAAGUUUCUGUAUGGUAUGUGGACAUGGUGGUCAUACAACACAUAUGCAGAAAUGGUUCAGUGAUAUGGAUGUAUGUCCUUCAGGAUGUGGCUGUUACUGCUUGGAAGCAAAUGAUAUUUUUGGAUCUUGACAAGUACCAAACUGAUUAUUUGAAGCAAGUGCCAUGAAUUAUUUAUUGAAUCUCGUUGUUUGAUUUUAAAUUUACUGUAUGGAAUGUGCAGUUUUAAAAAGGAUCAAAACUUUAUAAAAUUAAUAGACACUUAUCUGUAAAUAAGUUUUUAUUAUUCGAUUACUUGAUUGAUCAGAAUUUUUAAAAGCUUGUUAACAUUCUUUUGUUUGAGCAUCUAACAAAAUGAGAUAAUGAUAAUGUCUUUUCUUUAACAUUAGACCUGGAAAAAAAUUAUCAAACAUCUUUUGUUUGUUUACCAGAUAAUUAUAAGAUUUACUAUAAACUGCAAUAACAGAGGUCAAAAUAGAUAGGAUGUUGAGAUUAUGUAUAUAAUUUAAUUUAUGAAGUGCCUACUUGCCAAAUUUUAUAUCUUGUAAAUAUUCUCUUUUUGUGUGAUAUGUAA